GGAGAGAGAGACAGACAGAGAGACGGAGAGAGAGACGCCCGGACAGAGAGACGGACAGAGAGACAGAGAGACAACCGGACAGAGAGACAGACGGACAGACAGACAGACAGACAGACAGACAGACAGACAGACAGACAGACAGACAGACAGACAGACAGACAGACAGACAGACGGAGACACCAUGCAGACCAUCAUGACUCAGAACGGGUGUGAGACGACGGGGCCGGUGAAGGCACAGGUGACAGGUGCUCUCCCCAUGUGGCUGAAAGGCACCCUGCUGAGGAACGGUCCGGGCUGCUUCUCUGUUGGAGACUCUUCUUACAACCACUGGUUUGAUGGGAUGUCCCUGAUACACAGCUUCACCUUCAGCAAGGGUGAAGUGGUCUACAGGAGCAAGUUUCUGAAGAGUGAAACUCACAAGAGGAACAUGGCGGCCAAUCGUAUUGUUGUGUCAGAGUUUGGAACCAUGAUCUACCCUGACCCUUGUAAGAACAUUUUCUCUAGGGCCUUCACCCACCUGCGUAACGCCAUCCCGGACUUCACAGACAACAACCUGAUCAACGUGAUCCGCUACGGGGACCAGUACUACGCCGCCUCCGAGGUCAACUACAUCAACCAGAUCGAUCCUGCCACCCUGGACACGCUGGGCAGGACUAACUACAGGGACCACAUCGCUCUGAACCUGGCGACGGCCCAUCCCCACUACGACGACGAGGGGAACACCUACAACAUGGGGACCGCCAUCCUGGGCUGGACCACUCCCCGAUACGUCAUCUUCAAGGUCCCCGCUCAGACCACCGAGGCGGCGCGGAGGCGGCCUCCCCUGGAGCAGCUGCAGAAGGUUUGCUCCAUCCCCUGCCGCUCCAGCCUGGCCCCGGGGUACUUCCACAGCUUCGGGAUGACGGGCCGCUACCUGGUGUUCGUGGAGCAGCCCUUCAAGCUGCACAUCCCCCAGCUGGCCUCUGCCUACUUCAGGGGCGCCAACUGGGGCAGCUGCCUCAAGUUCCACCCGGACGACCAGACGGUCUUUCACCUGAUCGACAGGCACACCGGGAAGGAGGUGGCGACGCGUUACUACGGCGACGCCAUGGUGGUGUUCCACCACAUCAACGCGUAUGAGGAGGGCGGGGUCGUGGUGGUGGACCUGAUCAGCUACAGCGACAGCAACCUGUACCAGAUGUUCUACCUGGACAACCUGAGGCAGGAGACCCCCGACUACGUGAAGACCAACCAGGGCUUCUCCCCGCCAACCUGCAAGAGGUUCUUGCUGCCGCUCAGUGUGGACAAGGACGUUGCCACGGGAACCAACCUGUUGACGGACAGCCGAGCGGAGGCCCGCCUCCAGAAGGACGGCUCGGUGUUCUGCACCCCAGAGGUCCUGUUCCAAGGUUUGGAGCUGCCAGCUAUCAACUACAAGUUCAACGGGAAAAAAUAUCGCUACUUCUAUGGCUCCAGGAUGGAAUGGUCUCCACACCCCAACAAGCUGGCCAAGGUGGACCUGGAGACCGGGACUCACCUGGAGUGGGAGGAGGCCAACUGCUUCCCGUCGGAGCCCGUAUUUGUGGCCUCGCCGGACGCCGUCGCCGAGGACGACGGGGUGGUGCUGUCCUGCGUGGUCUCGGCGGACCCUGCCCUCUCCCCCUUCCUGCUGGUCCUGGACGCCCACACCUGGAAGGAGGUCGGCCGGGCGGCGGUUGACGCCCGCGUCCACAUCGACCUCCAUGGCCUCUUCAUCCCCGCCGGCCCGUAGCGCCGCACGCCGCCACCGGGGGCGCU